AUCUCAUUCUUCUGUACAUUUAUUUUUGAUAUUAUUAGCUAUUAUUAUUGAUUAUUAUGUUAAUAUAAAAUUACUCUACUACCGGCUGGAUCACACUGAUCUCAUGAACUAAAGAUUAUUCUAUAUUAUUCUGUAAAAGAAGUAUAGAUCAAUUUAUGGUUUAAAAUAUUUAAUUAUUCAACAUUAUGAGUAACAGUGUGAGGACUUCAAUUUUGAAAAAGAUUAAAGACUCUUUACAAGAUGUCAAUGGUAUAAACAUACAAAGUAUUGCAUCUUAUUUGCACAUAAAAGCACAUAAGACAAACGGAGUCUACUGCUUUCUACUCCCGUUGAAAACCAGACAGUAUAAUAUACAGAAUGAAGUACAGAAUAUUAUAAAUAAUGAUUCAAAUAAUAUUUUUGAUGUCAAUCUAAAAGACAACGCAAUCUCUUUCAGUCUUUCCAGAGAAAAAUGUAUUAAAGAAGUUUUGGAACAUAACUGUUCCACAAUAUCAGCUCCAACUUUUGUAAAUAAUAAACAAAAUGUAAUAGUGGAGUUCAGCUCACCUAAUAUUGCAAAACCUUUUCAUGUAGGACAUUUUAGAUCCACGAUAAUAGGAAAUUAUGUUGCUAAUAUCAACAGUUUUAUAGAAAAUAAUGUCAAGAGGAUAAAUUAUUUAGGUGACUGGGGCACGCAAUACGGUUUAGUUCAAUUAGGAGUUGACAUAGCGAAUAUCACUGAAGACGAAAUGAAAAAAAGUCCCAUAAAAACUUUAUAUACAGCAUAUGUUACUGCCAAUAAAUUGGCUGAAACCAAUUCCGCUAUACUGGAUCGUGCAAAAGAGAUAUUUAAUGAUUUGGAAACUGGCAAGGGAGUCACAUGUGAACAAUGGAAAGUGUUCAGACAGUAUACUGUUGAAGAAUUGAAGAGAACUUACAGCAGAAUUGGUAUUACAUUUGAUGAAUAUCAUUGGGAAUCUAUGUACAAUGCCAAAAACAUGGAAGAAAUUGUUACAUUAAUGGAAAGAAUGCAAUUAUUAAUAAAGGAUGAAAAAAACAGAAAAGUCGUGAAUCUUGAUGACAAAAAGAGUGUUCCUGUAAUAAAAAGUGAUGGCUCUACAUUGUAUAUAGCUAGAGAUAUUGCUGCAGCUAUCGAUAGAUUUGAAAAAAAUAAUUUUGAUUCUAUGUAUUAUGUUGUGGAUAAUGCACAGGCGGAACAUUUUACAAAUUUGUUGGAAAUAUUGAAACGAAUGAAAAUGCCAUGGGUUGAAAGAUUGAAACACGUGAAAUUUGGUCGAUUACACGGUAUGCGUACGAGAAAGGGAAGCGUGACGUUUCUAGAGGAUAUUUUGGACACUGCCAGAGAUAUCUCGAAGCAGAAACAAAUAGAAUCAUCUACUACCAAAGUUAAUAUAAAUUCAAUAGAUAACAGCUCAGAUAUAUUAGGCAUUUCUGCAAUGAUAAUUAAUGAUUUGAAGAGAAAACGACAGCGAGAUUAUACGUUCGAUUGGAACGCGGCAUUUGAUUUGAAAGGGGACACUGGUAUAAAAUUGCAAUACACACACUGUCGACUUGUUAAUCUGGAGCGUAAUUGCGGCACUGCUUUAAUUUCGGAAUGUGAGCCAAAUGUCUUACGAGAAGAAAUCGUCGAUGAUUUAAUUUUGCUAAUUGCCAGAUUUGAAGAAGUAAUACUGAAGUCGUAUGAAGAAAUGGAAUCAUGCGUGCUAACAGCAUAUCUUUACAACUUAAGGUGCGCUUUUAAAACAUUGAGAGUAAAAAAUGAAUCGUCUGAUGUUGCUAGUCAAAGACUGCUACUGUUUCAUACUGCUAGAAACAUUCUCGCACAAGGUAUGAAAUUACUUGGUUUAAUACCUCUGGAAGAAAUGUAAGGUUUUUUUUUAUUUGAUAUUGAAGAUAAAAAGCUACGCAUCCACAUCCGUAUUUAGAUUUUGACUAGUCCUUUUUUUAUUUUGAUUAAAUAUCAGAAAGUUUUCUUUACUUUCUUGAGACAAAUUAAAUUGUGCAACGUAAUACUAUUCGAUAACGCUGUUUCAUGCGAUUUUAUUGUAUGUAAUGUGUAAUUACAUGAUGUUUGAAAUAAGCAAAUUAACGUUUC